GAAGGAAGGUAACAGAUAAAGAAGUUGAUGUUCAGAGUUGAAGAACCUGCUGAAGAUCACAAAGCUGGGUCAGCAGUUAAAUCAGGACUGCAAGGCGGGCUUAUCUGUCUCCAAAGACUUCAGCUCUUUCUGCACACUCCCACUGUUUCUAAACGGUAAAUAACGCCUCACUUUACAACUGCAAACGAGUAAAAUGUCAUAAAGCGGGGAAGAAAACAGCCAAAAGGAAAAUGGAAAGGAGACCCAGCAGCAUGGCCAGUGUGCUAUCUCGCCGCCUUGGAAAGCGGUCCCUCCUGGGAGCCCGCGUGUUGGGACCCAGUGCCUCCGAUGGGCCAUCGGGGGCUGGCUCGUCCUUGGAACCACAGGCAGAGCUUCCAGAGGGGGCCGCUCCUCAGCGCUUCCUCACCUCUAAGGGUCCUUCGUGCCAAGAGCCGCCCAAGGAGGUCCUCAAGGCUCUGGGCACUGCAGGCCUUCAGCAAGUGGUCUUUCAGCCUGGACAGAAGGUUUAUGUGUGGCACGGGGGUCAGGAGUGCACGGGCGUGGUGGAGCAGCACAGCUGGGCCGAGGACAAGGUGACGGUCUGGCUGUUGGACCAGAAGUUGCAGAUCUGCUGCAAAGCGGAGGAAGUGUGGCCAGCAGAGCUGCAGUGCGUCAUGCCCCCAGUGGCGCUCCCGGAGCUGGGAGCCCAGGCCCUGGCCUACAGACCCGUCUCCAGGAACAUUGAUGUCCCAAAGAGGAAGUCGGAUGCAGUGGAAAUGGACGAGAUGAUGGCGGCCAUGGUAUUGACCUCGCUGUCCUGCAGCCCAGUCGUGCAGAGUCCUCCUGGGGCCGAGGCCAACUUCUCCGCCUCCCGUGCCGUCUCUGGUGACCCCUGGAAGGAGAGCGGCGACGUGUCAGACAGCGGCAGCAGCACCACCAGCGGUCACUGGAGCGGGAGCAGCGGCAUCUCCACCCCUUCGCCACCCCAUCCCCAGGCCAGCCCCAAGUAUUUGGGGGACGCCUUUGGUUCUCCCCAAACUGACCAUGGCUUUGAGACCGAUCCUGACCCUUUCCUGUUGGAUGAACCGGCUCCACGCAAAAGGAAGAACUCUGUGAAGGUGAUGUACAAGUGCCUGUGGCCCAACUGUGGCAAAGUUCUACGCUCGAUUGUGGGCAUCAAGCGACACGUCAAAGCCCUCCACCUGGGGGACACUGUGGACUCAGACCAGUUCAAGCGGGAGGAGGAUUUCUACUACACAGAGGUGCAAAUGAAGGAGGAACCUGCUGGCCUCUCUGCCCCUGGGACGCCCACCGCUGAACCCGCUCCCGCCCCCCGAGUGACCAGCUCAUCCCUUGCCACUCUUCCACUGCCUCUGCCCAAAGCCCAGACCUCUGGCCCGGAACACUCUAGUCUGGAGUCUCCCCUGCCCUCAAGUGCUCUCAGCAAGUCAGCUCCUGGCUCCUUCUGGCACAUUCAGGCUGACCACGCAUACCAGGCUCUGCCGUCCUUUCAGAUCCCCGUCUCUCCCCACAUCUACACCAGCAUCAGCUGGGCCGCUGCUCCUGCUGCUGCCUCCCCCCUCUCUCCGGUCCGGAGCCGGUCACUCAGCUUCAGUGAGCCUCAGCCGCCGCCUGCAGCAAAGUCUCACCUGAUCGUCACCUCUCCACCCCGGGCCCAGGGCAGUGCCAGGAAAGCCCGCGGGGAGGCCAAGAAGUGCCGCAAGGUGUAUGGCAUCGAGCACCGGGACCAGUGGUGCACGGCCUGCCGGUGGAAGAAGGCCUGCCAGCGCUUCCUGGACUGAGCUGCCGGCCGCUCUGCUCCCGGCCCUGCCAGGCAGCCCGGCAGCCCCAUGACCCGCCUGGCAGGCAGAUGGGCCUUGGCGGAGGCAGAGAGGUAGAGGGCAGGAGUGCGCAGCUGCCACUCUGUUGGCUAAAGUGUAACACUUAAAACACUUUCUCCCCCUUGUGGGAACGUUUUAUUUUUUAAAAAAGAAGCGAAAAUAUUUUUUUCCCCUAAAAUAGGAGAGAGCCAAGACUGACCAAGGGUAUUCUGCAGCGAACCAGAGACCAAAGAAUCACUAGUCCCCCUCCCACCUGCCCUGCCUCUGGGGCACUGGUUUGUACUGGACUGCGUGUCCUGUUUCCUGCCGAGUUGGUGAAUCCUUUGCUUUCUCAACUCUUCCAGAAAGGACUGUGAGCAAGAUGAAUUUCUUUUUCUUAGAAAAUGAGGAAGUUUCUGACUGGGGAUGACGGGAGGGCAGGACCUCAGGAGAGGUGGGAAGAGCAGGCGCGUGCCUCCUGGGGCGUGGCUCCUCUUCCCCCCUCUGAACAGCUUCUGGAAGGAAGAGGAAAACCCUUCCGAGGUGACAGCUUUUGAGUCUGGGUUCCCUUGAUGUUGGGUUGCCUCCCAACAAAUGCUCCAUGGCUUCUUCUCAAGACCCAGACGAGUCGACUUUUAGAGACUGUCCUCACAGAGCUGAGCCAGAAGGCGAAGGCUUUUUGAAACGUGGCAGUUGACCGCCCUUCCGUCUCCUGGAGGAGGCGUGGGAAGUUUCAGAGUCUGGGAAGCUGUCCUUACCUCAACCAAGCCCCCUGAGGUCCUUCUCUCCAGGGUGGAAGGACAGGCCAGACGUUUGCUCUCUGGUCUGGCACUUUUGGAAGCCUUUUCUGUGGGUGGCCCUGCAAUGCUUCGAGGCUGCUCUCGCCUGGGCUUCACUGGGGAUUUCCCCGUUUCUGCUUCUUGCCAAAGGCAGGAUGAGGAAGGCCAAGGAGAGUCCUUGGGGGAGUGAGGUCCAGGAAGUCCAGGAGGAAGGCAGGGGUGGGUCAGCUGUCCCUGCCGUUUCGGCUACAGGGCUGUAGGGGGUAAGGGGUGCCCCAAGGUCAGUCUGCCAAGCUGUUCUUGUUGGGGGGAGUUUGAGGGAGUUUAGUGCCAACUAAGGAUGAGCAGAGACUGAGCUGGCCAAGCCCAGAGGUAGGCCCCGGGUGUGUGAGUCUCUCCUUCCUCCCGGCUGACUUGGCCUCAGUACUUGUGACCUGCCAAACAUGACCACCUGGGGCCCAGCUGUCUUGGGCACGAGUCCUGGGCCAAUGUCCCAGGUGUCACAGGCUUAGGGAGUCCCACCUAGCCACUCUCCUGGGACUCAGCAGCCGUGUCCACCUUUGACUGUCCUUGAGACCCUUUUCUUGGUCCCAGGUGAAAACACCUGGCUGCUGACACUGUUGGUGACUUCACGUGGGAGGUAAACGUCUGCUUUUCAAUCCGAGAUCCACGGAGUGUUACCAAACCUGCAGACCUAAGAACAGGGGUGCGAUGUUGUGAAGGGUGUUGUGGCCUGGGCUGGUGACAGAAGGGACAGACCCUCUCGUGCAAGGGUGUCUUUGGUGGGGUUGGGGGUAUAUUUUUAUAUUUUAGGGAAAAGGUGUAUAUGGAGUUCUGUCUCUUGGUAACGCUUGAAACCAGGCCGGCCAGAGGUGGCUCGGGGCUCUCCUGUCUCUUCAGCUGCGUGGAGAAUUAAGAGCCGGCAGUGGCCUCUUGCUCUGGCCUUCUCAGCUCACUUCCCACGUUGUCCAUCUUCAGAUCUUACUGGGGAAGGGAGCGCGAGGGGCAUCUGGACACGUGGGGCCUCUGCGUGGGAGGCCCAGCCCUCGCCCGGCUCAUGCCGAGUCUCCCCGGCAGCAGAGCUGUUUGAAUCCCUGCCUCCGUUUGGACCUUGUAGAUAAAACUGGAUAUAAAGAUGUUCUCCACAUGAGGCUGGCUUCUCAUGCUGUUGGUUCCCGAGACAGAAAAGGAAGAGAGAGAAGGAAUUGACGGGACACUUUAAAAGCUGAGGUGGCUUUCUUUUGUUUUCGUUCUCUAUCUUGUUGCCACGCGGCCUUCCCCCUACGGUGGUUGGGCCUCCUUUGCCCUCUGUCCCCCUGCUUCUCUGUCUUGUUGCUGAUGUGUUGGUUCCUGACAUGUGGCUUGUCCUUGGGGUUGCUCCGCUUGUUUCUCCUUGGAGGGUGGGGGUGGCUGAGUUGACCCGGCGAUCAUGUCCAUUUUCAUCUCCGUCUCCCUGCUUCCCAGCCCCCUGGGGCAGCGGAAUCUGGCUGGAGGAAGAUGCCACAGGUGUGCAUUUGAAAGUAACAGGACUCAUCUGCACAGCAGUUAUCUAAGGAGAGUGUCCAGUGAUGUUCCCCGAAUUCAGGUUUUCUUUGAACUGCCUUCAGAGUUGGGGCUGUGUUUGGAGCAGCCUUAGUGAGGCUGAAUCUCUGCCAUGCUUGUUCAGGGCAGAAAGUCCAGACCAUGUCUGUGGUCAGGGCAAGUCUCAGGUGGAGUAUAAAAGGACUCUCAAGUAACACAGCUUAGCGUUAAUGCUGCGACUUUUAACCCGUCUCUGAAGGCAAUCUUGUAACCUCAAACAGUGUUGUGAGCAGUGAGUGACUUUUUGAAGGACAAUAUUAAUUCAGAUGUGGCAACUCCGUUGGAAGAAAUCUGUCCUGUUACUUUCUGGUCAUUCCAGGUUCUGACUUUACCAGGGGUGCCAAAAAAAAAAAAAAAAGGAAAGAAAAAGAGGGAGAUAAA